AUGGCCGUGCUGCUGGUCGUCUGGGCCCUACUGCCCGUCCUGGCCACGGCCUUCUCAUGGCAUGCCCUCUGGUACGAGCUGGGCUUCCUGGGCGCCCAUCCGACCCUGAAAUACGAGUCCUUCGACCAGGAGUCCCCCGAGGUCAAUGUUAUGCGAUGGGAUCCGCGAUGCGAGGAGGGCUACGUCUUUCUGAGCCCUCGCGGCCACUCCUACCCCGAGCCCGGCCCGUUGGUCUACGAGAACCGCGGGGAUCUGGUCUGGAUUGAGCGCGACUUCGGCGAGAUCAUGGAUCUCAAGGUGCAGCGCUACCGCGGCCAGGAUUAUCUCACCUUCUGGGCCGGCGACGACGAUGGCACGCGAGGGACCGGCCAGUACUACAUGCUGAACUCCUCCUACGAUGUCGUCCACAUUGUCUCCGCCGCCAACGGCCUGAUGGGCGACGUGCACGAAUUCAAGAUCACCGACGAGGGCACCGCGCUCAUGACCAUCUACGACAUCUGCCAGGCUGACCUCACCUCCGUCGAUGGCCCGGAAGACGGCUGGAUCUACGACGGGCUAUUCCAGGAGAUCGACAUCGAGACGGGGGAGCUGAUAUUUGAGUGGCGGGCCAGCGAUUACUACGACAUCGACGAAUCGUACUUCCCGCUGGGCGUGAAGGGCUUCUCGCCGUCCGCCGCGGACGCCUACGACUACUUCCACAUCAACAGCAUCGACAAGCACGCCAACGGAAACUACCUCGUUUCGUCCCGCUACAUGCACACGGUCACCUGCAUCAGCCCGUCGGGCGAGAUCCUGUGGGUUCUGGGCGGGAAACGCAACACGUUCAAAGACAUCUCGCCCGGGAAACUGGCGACGGGGAUCUCCUGGCAGCACGACGCGCGCUGGCAGUCCGACACGGUGAUCAGCCUGCUGGACAACGGGGCGCACGAGCACCUGAACACGCGCGACCACUCGCGCGGGUUCAUGAUCGAGCUGAACUUCGACGACUGGACCGCCGACACGCUGCACAUCUACGACAGCCCAGGCUCCUUCAGCAGCCACUCCCAGGGCAACCUGCAGGUGCUUCCGCGGACGGGGAACGUGUUCAUCGGAUGGGGCAAGCCCUCCGCCUUCACCGAGUUCUCCGAGGACGGCGAAGUGCUCUGCGACUUCCACUGGGGGCCGCGCCUCUACUUCUGGCUGGGGUGGAUCAAGUCGUAUCGCGCGCAGAAGUUCCACUGGGUCGGGCGGCCGCGCGUGCCGCCCGACGUGGUGAUGGACGAGGACGGUCACGCCGCGUUCGUGAGCUGGAACGGGGCCACGGACGUGGCGGGCUGGGUGCUGCAGCGCGCAAGCAACUCCAGCGCGACGGAGGCAGACGCGGACUUCACGAGCAUCCUGUACCAGCCGAAGGAGGGGUUCGAGACGCAGGUCGACCUGCAGGGCGAGGGCCACUUCCGUCUGGUGGCGGUGGAUUUCGAGGGCAACGCGAUGGGCGUGACACGGGUGUUUGAGAGCAUCUGGCAAUGGUGCCUCGACGUUCUUCGUGUUCUCCGAACGGGCGUUCCAGUGGAUGCUCGUGGGGACGUUCACGGCGGGGGCGGUGGUGGUGGCUGCGUGAAGGUCCCUCAAACCCAAACCCCCGCCAAAACCACCCCCAUAACCCCAGAAAUGCCCAUACCCAUGCCCAUGCCCAUCCCCAAAGGCCCAUUCACCGCCGCCCCCCCGGAAGACUGCACCGUCGCAGCGGACGUGCGACUCGCGCUGGCGGUGGUCUUCGUCGCCGGCACCGUCGUCUUCGCCGUGGCCGACGUCGACGACGUCACCGUCGAGUACAGCGAGUAUGCCUCCGCCGCGUUGCAGUAUUGGAUCGAUUGGUCGGAGGCGGUGCUGUGCGCGGGGUCGGUGGGGCAGUCGUUGUAG